AUGGGAUGUGGCGUCUCAAAGUCCGACCAGUUCCACAAACACUCUGGAAAAGCCGUCACAACUAUACGAGCUGCUGUGCUGAUUCAGCGAUGGUACCGUCAGUAUGUGGCCCGCACGGAGAUGAGACGCAGAUACACCUGGCACAUCUUCCAGUCCAUCGAAUACUCCGGAGAACAGGCUCAGAUAAAGCUUUAUAAUUUCCUCGGCUACCUCAUGGACAAUUUCACACCCUCAAGCAAUGAACGAAAUUUGAUCUCGCACAUCUUCAGAGAGAACGAGGUUUGUCGGGACGCCGAGUGGGAGAGGUACUUCUGCUACAAGAGCAUCGAGGUGCCAGAGAUCUACUCUGGACCUCACCUCUUCUUCCCUCUGACGGUGGAGCAGGCGGUCGGGCUGGUGGAGGCCUUCAGGAACAAGAAGCAGCUGCACUCGCGCUACGUCCUCCAGCUCCUGGCCGAGACCUGGAAACUGUUCCGCAUGAUGCCAAAUAUCAAUCGAAUCUCCACCUGCCAGAGUAAAGAAAUCACUAUUUGUGGCGACCUGCACGGACAACUGGAGGACCUGCUGCUGAUUUUCUACAAGAAUGGCAUGCCGUCCUUGGAGAAGCCCUAUUUGUUUAACGGAGACUUUGUCGACCGAGGAAAGGACUCCAUCGAGAUCCUGAUCAUCCUGUUUGCAUUCCUGCUCGUCUACCCCAGUGAGGUCUACCUCAACAGAGGAAACCACGAGGACCACAUAGUCAAUCUUAGGUACGGCUUCACAAAGGAGGUGUUGACUAAAUACAAGAUGCACGGCAAACGGAUCCUGAAGCUGCUGCAGAAGAUCUUCAGCUGGUUGCCAUUAGCGACAGUGAUCGACCAGAAGGUGCUGGUUCUUCAUGGAGGAAUCUCCGACACCACAGACCUCGGCGUCCUCACCAGGGUGGACCGGCACAAUUAUGUUUCAGCCCUGAGGCCUCCAAAGAAGAGGCACAUCAUCUCAACGGCGACGUCCAUCGACUCGGACGUGGACGAAGACGUCUGGAGCACCAACAAGUCCUUCCAGCGCCGGGCCUCCCUCAUCUAUCCCAAGCCUCUGGGAACUCGGGGCAACUUCCACAACCGCUCCCUGCAGGACUUCUCUGACCGGAUCAGAGGGAACGCGGAGGACGAUCUGGAGGCCCGCAAGAGGAGACAGUCCGUCUUCAUCAACAGGUCCACAGACAAAGAGACGAAUCUGACCGUGUCCACUGAGUCUGUCAGCAGUGACAACGCCAGGGAAGAAUGGAAACAGAUCCUGGACCUGCUGUGGAGCGACCCGAUGAGCCAGGACGGCUGCGUGCCCAAUGAAGUGCGGGGGGGAGGCUGCUACUGGGGCCCCGACGUCACCGAGGACUUUCUGAACAGACACAACCUGCAGCUCAUCAUUCGCUCCCACGAGUGUAAACAGGAGGGCUAUGAGUUUUGCCACAAUCGUAAGGUCCUGACUCUGUUCUCUGCCUCCAACUACUACGACGUGGGAAGCAACAGGGGCGCCUACGUGAAGCUGGGUCCAGACCUUGUGCCUUAUAUGAUUCAGUACCAGGCCACCAGCAUGACCAGAGAGCUCACCGUUCGACAAAGUGUGGGUCGGACCGAGCGCUCAGCCCUCAAAGUCCUGCGGGAGCAGCUGUUUGCGCACAAAUCUGAUCUCAUCUGUGCCUUCAAGAAGCUUGACAGAAACAACACAGGUCUUGUGUCUCUGAACGACUGGGCCACUGCAGUGGAGAGUGUGAUGCACCUCGGCCUGCCCUGGAGGAUGAUGCGCGGCCAGCUCGUCACCUGCAAGACCAGCGACGGCACGGUCGACUUCACCGAGUGGUUCAACGAGCUCGCCAUCAAGAGACCCAACACGGACCACAUCGACCAGAGCCUGCUAGAGACUCUGUAUCGCCACCGCUCCACCUUGGAGACCAUCUUCAGAAUCGUCGACACGGACAACUCAGGCUUCAUCACCAUCGAGGACUUCCGGCAGACCUGGAAGCUGCUGAGCGUCUACCUAAAGAUGGAGAUCACGGACGAGGCCAUCUCCGACCUGUCCGUCACCAUUGACAGAAACCAGGACGGCAGCAUCGACAUCGACGAGUUCAUGGAGGCCUUCCGCCUCACGGACAAGAAGAGUCGGCUGGAGCGAGGGCGCAGCAUGUUCAUGGGCACUGCCACUGACCUCACCAAGCUGGACGAGGACCCCAACAUCUGA